CAUUGACACCGCUCCGCGCCUCCGCUCGCGCCCAUCCAUGCCCGUGCCGCCGGUUCGGUGUUAGGGCUGAACCGCAGCGGCUGAAGAAAAUGGGGCAGCGCGCGGGCCGGGCCGUGCUGCUGCUGCUGGCGGGGCUGCUGGGCGAGGCGCGGGCAGGAUUCCCCAACACCAUCAGCAUCGGUGGACUUUUCAUGAGAAACACUGUUCAGGAGCACAGCGCGUUUCGGUUUGCUGUGCAGUUAUACAACACAAACCAAAACACCACCGAAAAGCCCUUCCAUCUGAACUACCACGUAGAUCACUUGGAUUCUUCCAACAGUUUUUCAGUGACAAAUGCUUUUUGCUCACAGUUUUCCAGAGGAGUUUAUGCCAUCUUUGGAUUCUAUGACCAGAUGUCAAUGAACACACUGACGUCAUUUUGUGGAGCCCUUCACACGUCCUUCAUCACACCCAGCUUCCCAACAGAUGCAGACGUGCAGUUUGUCAUCCAAAUGCGGCCAGCAUUAAAAGGAGCCAUCUUGAGUCUCUUGACCUAUUACAAGUGGGAGAAGUUUGUGUACCUCUAUGACACAGAACGGGGAUUUUCCAUUCUCCAGGCAAUUAUGGAAGCAGCAGUUCAAAACAACUGGCAAGUGACUGCCAGAUCUGUAGGAAGCAUAAAGGAUGUUCAAGAAUUCAGAAGAAUUAUAGAGGAAAUGGACAGGCGACAAGAAAAAAGAUACUUAAUUGACUGUGAAGUAGACAGAAUAAACACCAUUUUGGAACAGGUUGUAAUCCUUGGCAAACAUUCUAGAGGCUAUCACUACAUGUUAGCAAACCUGGGUUUCACAGACAUUGUGCUGGAGAGGGUGAUGCAUGGAGGUGCCAAUGUUACUGGAUUCCAGAUAGUUAAUAAUGAAAACCCAAUGGUUCAGCAGUUUCUACAACGCUGGGUGAGGCUCGAUGAAAGAGAAUUCCCGGAAGCCAAAAACUCACCAUUAAAGUAUACAUCUGCCCUGACCCAUGACGCUGUCCUAGUCAUAGCAGAGGCUUUCCGUUACCUCCGAAGGCAACGUGUGGAUGUCUCCAGGAGAGGUAGUGCUGGGGACUGCCUGGCCAACCCUGCAGUACCAUGGAGCCAAGGAAUUGAUAUAGAAAGAGCGCUGAAAAUGGUGCAAGUCCAAGGAAUGACAGGGAAUAUCCAGUUUGAUACUUACGGGCGGAGAACAAAUUACACAAUUGAUGUGUAUGAAAUGAAAGCUUCUGGAUCAAGAAAGGCUGGUUAUUGGAAUGAAUAUGAAAGAUUUGUGCCAACAUUAGAUCAGCUGCCCUCUAAUGACACUUCAUCUGUGGAGAACAGAACCAUAGUAGUCACUACCAUCCUGGAAUCACCAUAUGUAAUGUAUAAGAAAAACCAUGAACAACUAGAAGGGAAUGAGAGAUAUGAAGGAUAUUGUGUAGACUUAGCUUCUGAAAUAGCAAAACAUGUUGGAAUAAAAUACAAACUGUCAAUUGUUGGAGAUGGGAAAUAUGGAGCUAGGGACCCUGAGACUAAGAUAUGGAAUGGCAUGGUGGGUGAACUGGUCUAUGGGAGAGCAGAUAUAGCUGUUGCUCCCCUCACCAUAACGUUGGUGCGAGAAGAGGUCAUAGACUUUUCCAAGCCUUUUAUGAGCCUGGGGAUCUCCAUCAUGAUCAAGAAGCCUCAGAAAUCUAAACCGGGCGUAUUCUCUUUCCUGGAUCCUUUGGCUUAUGAAAUUUGGAUGUGUAUAGUCUUUGCUUACAUUGGCGUCAGCGUAGUUCUUUUCCUAGUCAGCAGAUUCAGCCCUUAUGAAUGGCACUUGGAAGACGGCAGUGAAGAACCACGUGACCCUCAGAAUCCUCCUGAUCCUCCCAAUGAGUUUGGAAUAUUUAACAGCCUUUGGUUUUCCCUGGGUGCCUUUAUGCAGCAAGGAUGCGAUAUUUCUCCAAGAUCUCUCUCAGGGCGAAUUGUUGGAGGAGUCUGGUGGUUCUUCACUCUCAUCAUUAUCUCUUCCUACACUGCUAAUCUUGCUGCCUUCCUUACGGUGGAAAGGAUGGUGUCUCCCAUAGAGAGCGCAGAGGAUCUGGCUAAACAAACCGAGAUAGCCUAUGGCACUUUGGAUUCAGGCUCAACCAAAGAAUUCUUUAGAAGAUCAAAAAUUGCCGUCUACGAGAAAAUGUGGUCUUACAUGAAGUCGGCCGAGCCCUCCGUGUUCACCAAAACCACGGCGGAUGGGGUGGCGAGGGUGCGCAAGUCCAAGGGGAAGUUUGCCUUCCUGCUGGAGUCGACGAUGAACGAGUACAUCGAGCAGCGCAAGCCCUGCGACACCAUGAAAGUUGGAGGGAACCUGGAUUCCAAGGGCUACGGGGUAGCCACCCCCAAAGGCUCAGCAUUAAGAACUCCUGUAAACCUUGCAGUAUUGAAACUCAGUGAACAAGGCAUCUUAGACAAGCUGAAAAACAAAUGGUGGUACGAUAAGGGUGAAUGUGGAGCCAAGGACUCCGGAAGUAAGGACAAGACCAGUGCUCUGAGCCUGAGCAAUGUGGCCGGGGUUUUCUAUAUUCUUGUCGGAGGCCUUGGGCUGGCCAUGAUGGUGGCUUUAAUCGAGUUUUGUUACAAGUCUCGGGCAGAGUCCAAGCGAAUGAAACUCACCAAGAACACCCAAAACUUUAAGCCUGCUCCCACCACCAAUACCCAGAAUUACGCUACGUACAGAGAAGGCUACAAUGUGUAUGGCACAGAAAGCGUGAAAAUCUAGGGAUCCUCGCUCUGACAGCGUGCAGGAGGAGAAGCAGCAGAGAAUGUGGCUACUUCAUGGAUUCGGACCACCUGAGCCAGUCGCACUCUAGCCGAGGUGUCAGGUAUGACACGCAUUGAUGAUGGUGCAAUGAACUUUUAAUAGGAAAAACUGAUUUUUUUCCUUCAGUGCCUUAUGGAAGACUCUGAGACUCACAACAAUGCAAAACCAUCACUGAAAUAUUCUUGCUUUGCUUGAAAAAAGAAAAAGAAAAAAGAAAAGGAAAGAGAAGAG